AUGGCUAUCUCCAAGAACCUCCCACUUUUGAAGAACCACUUCAGAAAGCACUGGCAAGAGCGUGUUAGAGUUCAUCUUGACCAAGCCGGUAAGAAGGCUUCCCGUCGUCAAGCUAGAGCUUCUAAGGCUGCUGCCAUUGCUCCAAGACCAUUGGAUGCCCUCAGACCUGUUGUCAGAGCCCCAACUGUCAAGUACAACAGAAAGGUUAGAGCUGGUAGAGGUUUCACCUUGAGAGAGAUCAAGGCUGCUGGCUUGACCCCAGCUUACGCCAGAACCGUUGGUAUUGCUGUUGACCACAGACGUCAAAACAGAUCCACUGAGAUCUUCGAGUUGAACGUGCAAAGACUCAAGGAGUACCAGGCCAAGUUGAUCGUCUUCCCAAGAUCCGGUAAGGCUCCAGAGGCUGAACAAGUCUUGUCCACUGCUGCUACUUUCCCAGUUGUCCAACCAGCUCCAGAGUCUGAGCCAAGAGCUGUUGAGGUUCCAGAGCAAACCGCUUUCAGAACCUUGAGAUUGGCUAGAUCUGACAAGAAGUACAAGGGUAUCAGAGAAAAGAGAGCUAGAGAGUUGGCUGAGGCUGAAGCUGAGAAGAAGAAAUAAGCACAUUGAUAUUAACUUGUGUAUGAAGAAACGGGGUUUAAUUUCGAUCAUUUCAAUCUGUAGAUAUUGGUAGGGUUCUUCCAACUGUUCAGCGAUUAGAAUUUACCGGUAUACGAACAUGGAUGUUUUGAUAAUGACCACUGUUUGUACUUACGUGCUGAACUUACAGCGUGUGUGUUAAUCUACAAUUAUUAUAUACUCCAGACACAUGG